AUGGGGUCCUUUCCGAAGGAUCUCACCUGUGCAGUGGUACUCGGUUGUUGUCCGCUGGUGGUGUCCUUCGCGAAGGAUCUCACCAGCAGUCUCUUUUUCGAAGGAGCUUGCCUGUUUCGUCGUUCUUGGUUCCCCGGACCUUGUUUGUUGUGCUCACCUGAUGCUUGCGUUUCGUUCCUACAGUUUGUGGCUCUUUGUUCCUUGGUGGAUGAAUCGUACGCCCCCAUUGUGCUCGAUAUCUUCUCAUUGCUGCUGACUU